AUGGAGAACCAAACUUUCAGCAUGGAUGUUCUACAGCUGGAGGGGUUGAAGGUCAGCCCUGACUUCUCUAUUCCCGCAUUCGUCCUCCUCCUCCUCAUCUACAUCUUCAUCAUGGUUUCUAACAUCAGCCUGGUAGUUCUGAUCUUCAUGGAGAGGAGCCUCCACGAGCCCAUGUAUCUGCUCUUCUGCAACAUGAGCAUUAAUGAUGUUUUCGGGGCCACGGCCAUCAUUCCUCGUGUACUGAGUGAUCUUUUUACUCCAGUCACAGAGCGGUACAUCUAUUAUUAUGAGUGUGUCAUUCAGGCCUUCUGUGGUCACUUUUAUGCAGGUGCCUCUCACACAGUGCUCAUGAUCAUGGCCUUUGAUCGCUACAUGGCCAUCUGCAACCCUCUGCGAUACGCCACCAUUAUGACCAACAGGAUGGUGGUGAUGCUGUCAGUGGGGGCCUGGGGAACAGCUUUCUUUUUGAUUGUAAUCCUCAUCGGCCUCAGCGCCCGCCUGUCACGCUGCAGGCGCUUGGUAAGCGCCCCUUUUUGUGACAACGCCUCCUUGUUUAAGCUGUCGUGUGAAAACAUUCUCAUCAACCACAUCUACGGCCUCGGCACUGCCAUGGGCACGAUGGCCUGCUCCCUGUGCAGCGUCACCCUCACCUACCUGAGGAUCGCCAUGGUGUGUUUCAAUAGUAAGAACAAGACUGUGAACAGCAAAGCGCUGCAGACCUGCGCCACCCACCUGGCUGUGUACCUCAUCCUGCUACUGUCAGGCAACAUCAUCAUCAUCCUCCAUCGUUUUGAGAACUUAUCAGAUGAAAGGAAGCUGGCAUCCCUCUUGUUCAUUGUGGUCCCUCCUUCCAUGAACGCUGUUAUCUACGGACUGCAAAUCAAAGCAGUCAGAGAAAAAAUGAUGAUUAUAUUUAACAGGAAUAAAAUGAAAGAAAGAAAUAAAAUGUCAAUGCAGAAUUAA